ACUGCCGCGUCAAAGCUCUUUCAUACUCAGACCCGCCACUUCCUCGGCCGUGUCGGAACUUCAUCCUUCGGCCAUCUCUUCUCUUUACCUUUGAUUCGCCAUUCCUUAUGGGCUUACUCGACCAGCUCUGGGACGAUACCGUCGCUGGACCGCGGCCGGAGAGUGGCCUCGGCAAGCUUCGGAAACACUCAACGUUUUCUAGUCGACCUAGCUCCGGCAACAAGGAGCUCGAUGGCGGCAGCGCUAGAUCGUACGGAGAAGAUUCUUCAGAGUCGCCGGUGAGGAUCACAAGGAGUAUUAUGAUAGUAAGGCCUCCAGGAUACCAGAACGGUUCGCCUCCUAUUUCACCGGCCGGAUCCAGUUCUCCGGCGUCGCCCUUUUCUGAGAAUCCUUCCGGUUUAGAAGAAGGUCGAUCUCCGAGGUAUACGCAAAGGCAACCGAUGGUGGAUCCGGGAGCCCUUCUUCUCCUCACAACAUGUGAGAUUUAAGCUUUUGAGCUCUCUUAUAUUCCCCUUUCAUGAAUGUUUCUUCAAAACCUUCAUAAAUUUGUGUAAUUUUUGUGUAUUGUUGUAAUAUGCGGCUGCUGUAGUAUGCAUGUGAAUUCAGAAUGAAGGUGUUAGAAAAAUGUUUUGUAGGAAGGAGGAUCUUGGAAUGUGUAGAUGAGGGGUAUUAUAGUCAAUUUGGUAUCAAUAUGUAAAUAUUAGAAGAAGAAGAACAAGAAGAAGGGCAUCUUGGCUGUUUCAUCUUUCAUCUGUCAACUUUGGCUUGUCACUCACUGUUGUUGGUUUUGUUAGUGGAAUGAAAAAAGGUAGUUCUUUCCA